CAAAACAGCCGCUCAUGCCCGGCGUGGCAGGGCCGCCCGGCCCCCAGGGUUUGCCCGGCUACCAAGGGCCUCCGGGCCCUCAAGGCUAUCCCGGGCAUGAAGGCAUCCAAGGCCCCCCUGGACCGCCAGGCCGUGAAGGGCAGCAAGGACCCCCCGGCCCUCCAGGGCCACUUGGGGCCCCCGGGCCGCCGGGCUUCCCAGGCCCCCCAGGGCCCGACGGCACCCUUGGGCUUCCAGGACUCUCAGGGCCUCCAGGAGCUCCAGGGCGUGAAGGGCCCCCCGGCCCCGCAGGGCCUGUGUCGCCACCAGGAACCCCGGGGCCUGCCGGGGAGCCAGGAUACCCUGGGCCAAAGGGCGAGACGGGUGAUCUUGGCCAGCCCGGCCCUCCAGGCAGCCCCGGCUUGAUGGGAGAGAAGGGCUCCCAUGGCCCGCCCGGGCCCAUGGGGCCAUCAGGACCACCUGGGGAGAACAGGUGUGACCCACACUCUUCAGGGCACCCCAGAUGGCCUGGCCCGCCGGGCCCCAAGGGUGAAAAGGGAGACCCCGGAGAGCAGGGAUGCCGCAGCUGUCCUGGGGAGGCCGGGUUCCUGCCAGGCCACCCUUCCUUCCCUGGCUCCUGGGGCCCGCACGGAUCCUGGGUGCCACUGACAUACCAAGAGAACGGCAAAGUAGAGACGGAGAUUUACGGUGCAAUCGUCCCCCACGGUCCCCCCGGCCACCCCGGAGCACCAGGCCCCCCUGGCCCCCCAGGGCCCCCCGGAGCACCAGGCGUCGUCUACGUCAAUAGGGUUUAUCCCGUCCGCACCAGGCCGUUCUGCAAACAGCCGGUGACUCACGACGCGGCUGGGCUCUCAGAUGCUGAGUUGUCUCAGAAGGACGUGCCUGACCCCCCAGCUGACUCCAGGCAUCACACCUGGGUCUUCAAGUCAAAGGAGCUGAUGUUCAAAUCCAGCUCGUCCGUCCCCGAAGGGAGCCUGGUCUACGUCAGAGAUGAGAACAGCGCCUUCAUCCGAACCCCGAGAGGCUGGAGCAAGCUCCUGCUGGAAGAUUCGGAUUCCAUAUUGGCUGGCGAUGACCCUUCUGUGUCCACAGAACAUCAUCAGGUCCCAAAGGAAGGGAGUCAAGCAGCCACCGGGAUCCGGCCAACUAGCAUCACCCUGAGGGUGCCUUCGCUCCGCCUGGUCGCGCUGAACUUCCCGCUGCCCGGCAAUAUGAACGGGCUCAGCGGCGCAGACCUGCAGUGCCACAGGCAGUCGCAGGAGGCCCAGCUGUCCGGCACCUUCCGGGCCUUCCUGUCGUCCCCUACGCAGAACCUGGUCUCCAUCGUGAGAAGGACGGACAGAGCUCUGCCCGUCGUCAACCUGAAGGGGCAGCUGCUGGCGAAGACCUGGAACUCCCUGUUCGGAGGUGAUGGUGCCGCCCGCUUCAACUCGCUGCGUUUUCCCAUCUACACCUUCGACGGCCGGAACGUGCUGACGGAUCCCAGCUGGGCUCACAAGGCGAUCUGGCAUGGCUCCAGCCCGCGUGGGCACCGAGCCCCGAAGGAGGACUGCCAAGGGUGGCGGGCCAGCCUAGCCGAGGGCUUUGCCUCUCCCCUGGCCGAGGGGAAGCUCCUGGCUGAGCAGCUCCGCGACUGCUCCAACUCCCUGGUCGUCCUGUGCAUGGAGAUCAGCUUCCCGUAGCUGCACAUGUGGUGAUGCGAGCCGCUGUGGGGCAGCUAGCGGGGGCCGUGGGCUGGUGAUCCCACCAUAGCUGGAUACGACCAGGAGAGCUGACGGUCACCUGCCAGCCCUGGGGCUGCUCUUGGCUCCGGGGCUAUUUCACCAUUAUCCCCCGUAGUGGAGCCAGCCUUGUACCCAUAGCCAGAGGGGUCUAUCCUUGACCAGGAGGGGGGUCCAUAUGUGCAGAAUAGAGACCAAUGGAAAGGCUACUAGGAUGCCUCCCAAACUCAGAGCCAUGCCACCGCUGAGCCAUCUCCCCGAGGCGUUGGAUCUAGUUAGUUAGCGCUAACCACGGGGUCUCCCCAGGAGAGGGGGCCAUUCCCCCAAACCAGUGCCCCAUUGAGGUCCCAGGCAUGCACUGCAGUGAGUGCUGGGGUGCAGAUGAGGGCUGGGUUUUGGGGCCAGCGUUCUCUGCACUGGUGCUGUUGUGCAGCUCCGCCAGGGACUCUCUGGAAGCGAAACGCUCUUCUCCUGUCACCAAGUCGGUGGGGAAACCUGCCAGAAGCGGUAGCUGUGCCUCCACCCCCCCUCGUUCUGCCUCUGUCAACUCCCAGCUGCUCCCCCUCCUGCCUCUGCCAGCUUGGGCUUGGGUUCCCGAUGGACAUUGCCCCCCACCCUCCAGCCCAGAGGUUCUGUCCCUAGUUCUGGCUUUUACCAGCCGCUGUUCCCGAAGCAAUCAGUGGAGAGAUGCGGGGAAGGCGGGGACAGUGUGCUGGGGUUUUCUGUGUGUAUAUAGAUAGAUAGGCCUAAUGCAGCCUGGUAAUAUCAACCUUUCGGCUGACCGGCGUCAUGGCAAUGGUCGGGCUUUACAAGCUCCAGAGAGAGGGGUGUCAUUCGGGACUCUCGGUGGCCACACGCUCGGCCUGUGAGCUUUGAAAACAACCGUGUGCUUUAGCUGGCAAUAAACAUGUUCCACGUUUUGGGUUUGGGACGCUAUUUAA